AUAGUAGCAAAAUUGAUUUCUCAUUGUUUUUUGUUGUUCUCUCUCCUUUUGAGGCCAUAGAGACCAGAUUCAUUUUUGGUUUCUUCAAAGGCCAAACCUUAUUUUCUCAGCAAACCCUUUUGCCAUCUUACACAAAAAGAAAAAAAAAAAUCUUGUUCGUCUGAGAGUCUCUGUCCCUUUUGGAUUUGAGGUUCAACAACAUUCAUGAACUUCAAGUAAUCUAUCAUCUUCUUGUAGUAGUAAUCCAGGAAGAUCCAUUUAAAAACAUAGACAGAAUGAAAAUGAAUUGCUUGUUCUGUUGUAUGUCCGAGAGACAAUUUACCAGACGAUCAUCAUCAAGACAAGGCAUCAAAGACUGCAUUGAUGCAAACAACACUCUUUCAAGAUUUGAAAACAUCUCUUAUAAAACAGAUAGCAGUAGGAGAAGAUUCAUAUCCGAGGAGAUAUCAAAACUUGGGAAAGGGAACAUAAGUGCUCAGAUCUUUACCUUCAGAGAGCUCUGCGUCGCCACCAAGAACUUUAACCCCGAGAAUCAGCUCGGUGAAGGCGGUUUUGGAAGGGUUUACAAAGGGCACAUAGAAACCCCUGAAAAGGUUGUUGCAGUUAAGCAGCUAGACAAGAAUGGCUACCAAGGGAACAGAGAGUUUCUUGUGGAAGUCAUGAUGUUGAGUCUCUUACAUCACCAAAACCUUGUCAACUUGGUUGGAUACUGCGCAGACGGUGAUCAACGGAUUCUUGUCUAUGAAUAUAUGCCAAAUGGCUCAUUAGAUGAUCAUCUUCUCGAUUUGGCGCGGACCAAGAACAAACCGUUGGAUUGGGACACAAGGAUGAAAGUUGCGGCAGGAGCAGCGAGAGGGCUUGAGUAUCUACACGAAACAGCUGAUCCUCCUGUGGUCUACAGAGAUUUCAAGGCCUCCAACAUAUUGCUUGACCAAGAAUUUAACCCAAAGCUUUCGGAUUUUGGUUUAGCUAAAGUUGGUCCGACCGGUGGACAGACUCAUGUGUCGACUAGAGUGAUGGGAACAUACGGUUACUGUGCCCCUGAGUAUGCUCUCACAGGACAGCUCACUAUGAAGUCCGAUGUGUACAGCUUUGGAGUUGUGUUCUUGGAGAUGAUCACAGGAAGAAGAGUCAUUGACACGACAAAACCAACUCGAGAACAGAAUCUAGUUACUUGGGCGAGUCCAUUGUUCAAAGAUAGGAGAAAGUUUACGUUAAUGGCGGAUCCGUUGCUUGGAGGGAAGUAUCCGAUGAAGGGAUUGUAUCAAGCGCUUGCAGUUGCAGCGAUGUGUCUUCAAGACGAAGCAGAAACGAGACCUAAUAUGAGUGAUGUAGUCACUGCGCUCGAGUACUUAGCUAUGACCAAAAGCGAAGAAGAUGGAGAAACGAAUUAAUAUAACAGAUUUAAGCUUUGAAGCACUAUUAUUUUGUUUUGUUUUGUGUAUGUAAUUUUAAUGAUCGAUUAGGAGAUUUGAAGAUUUUUUGACAAGAAAAAAAUAAAUCAAAGAAGAUUAAAUCUAGAGUUUUCGAUUUCCCUCCUUCAAGCAGAUUCAAAUUUCAGACUUCACAUACCACUACUGUGGUUUAUUGGUGGAUUUUUCACUCAAAAGGCUUGACAAAUCUUGAAUAUCUUC